AUGUCUGGAUCAUCUCAGCAGCUCAAGUGUGGAGAUGUAGCGACAGCGAUGCCUCUGAACAACCCGAUCCAACUUUCCUUCCAGUCCUCCAGUCCAACGGACAUCCCACGGACCGUAUCCAGCUCCCAGCUGGGCAGUUUGCAACCCCGCGGAGAAGCAACGGAGCUCGCCGCAUUACCCCACGGGGCACCAGAUGACCCCGGAGCAGCCGAAGUGCAAGAUGAAACCUCGCAACAGCCGGCCUUCCAACCAUUCUUCACGUUGAUCGAGGAUAUUCCUGCAGGCGUAUACCACCACCCAACCGUGCACUACAUCUUCUCCGACGACGACACCGACAUCAUCACCGAGGCAGCUCUCCGUAGUCUGGAAGCACAGCAGGACGCUCUGCCCGCUAGCAGAAAUCAUGUCUACACCGGACAGCAUGAUGGACCAGAAGCGCAGGAGCCAUCCACGCUUCUUCUUCCUCCUCCGAUUCCGGGCGUCCAAGAUAAGUACGUCGUUUUGGACGUUGAACCAGUCCCCGCAUCUGAGCACUCCACUUCCGCAGCAGCACCAGGAACCAUUAACUUUGGCGCCGGAACCACGAAUACCAUGUCCACCUCCCCAGCAACACAACUAUCUCCCGGUGCCGGAACAGCAUCACAUCCGUAUUUCCGUGUCACAUCAGCAAAGAGUUUCUCGCCAGAUUGGCAGGUCAUGAAGAGCGAGAUGGUUCCAGCGCCGACAUUUGAAAAUAAUGAGGACGGUGACGGGGCGGGACAUGGGCUUAUGCUGAAGAUUCACGGGACGGCGGGUUUACCAUAUGCUGCUGAGUCUGGGAAGGAGCAUGGAACACCACGAUUGGAGGAUAUGAUGAAUCAGUUUGCCAAGCGGAUGUCGGAGUUACAGACUGUCAUUGAUUCGGCGAAGGUAAAGGACUCCGAGGGUGGAAAGGCCCAAGGUCGCGAUGGAGAGACUGAGGUUGGAGCAGACCAAGAACAGGCACAUGAGCUGCCGCAUGAUAAGGAGAAGAUAGGUGCGGAGGAACAGGUGCAAGAUGCUGAAGUGCCCGACGCUGUGCUGAAGGAGCACAUCAGCCAGAAGCCAGCCCUGGAUGAAGCGGAAGGGUAG